GAACCCGGACCCGGCGCAGCUCUGUCAGUGGAGUGUCUGUGCCAAAAACAAAAGGCUGCUGUUUGUUUGAGAACUGAACAUUGGUUCUCGUGAACAUUUUUCGUCUUUUUUGAGGGACUACCCGUUGAUAUGUAGCGCUAACAGCGAGCCAGGUAGUAGCCGCCCGGUCGUAAUGACACCGCCGCUGCUGUCUUUUGGAGGAAGAGGAAGAGGAAGGAGGUGAUGGUGUUAAUGACGAUGACAUGCAGUUAGCUGGCCGCCCGCCCGCCUGGCUGGCUGACGGACGGACGGACGGACGGUCGCACGUUCGGGAUCGGAGCCCAGUCGGUCGGUGUGACACCGGCAGACACCAGCGCGGGAUCCGGGACGGAGAGAGACGAAGAUGCCGCGGAGGAAGCAAUCCAACCCUCAGCCGGUCAAAUUGGAGUCUGAAGAUGGCGUGGUGGUGUGCGAGCCCAGCUGUCUGGUCCUGGACAGCGACAUCCUGCUGAGCGGGGAGCUGGAGUUCACCGAAACGGACCUCAUCGGUCUGGACAGAGAGGCAGGUGUGACCGUCUUCUCUCUGAGUGUGGAGGAUGACCCCACAGCACCUACAGAUUCCACCUUCCCAGCCAUCCUGUCCUGUAAAGGCUGCGGUCAGUUGUUGGAGGACACGCCUCUGGCUGCUGGCUUGGAGCUCGGUGUGGGUCUGGCCCUGGGGGCUGAGCUCUACUGUCUAACCUGCGAGGCGGCGGUGCAGCAUUCCGCCUCCAUCGACUCGUUCAAGGUCGACAGCCCCGACCAGCUCAACCUACCCCCCAAUUCAACCCCAGACAAAAAAAGGAGGGGCGUCGCCAAGUCGGAAGGCGAUAUUCCUCAAAAGCUGUUCUCCUGCUCGCUGUGCACCUUCACCUCCCGCUACUCCAACCACCUCAAACGCCACAUGAGAAUCCACGACGGCCAGAAGCCUUACCGCUGCCCCGCCUGCCCGUACGCCUCCGCCCAGCUCGUCAACCUGCAGCGUCACACCCGCACGCACACCGGCGAGAAACCAUACCGCUGUGUGCAGUGCAGCUACGCCUGCAGCUCCCUCGGCAACCUGCGGAGGCACCAGCAGAUGCACCUGCAGGAGCGGCCGAAGAAGAAGGAGAAGCGGCAAGGGAAGAGGAGGAAGAGCAAAGGUGGAGCUGAGGAAGUGAUGUCAGACCUGACCCUGCGGGUCUCCCAGGACUCAAUGUAUCUGCAGACGUUGGCGAGCUUCAGCACCGCCUCUGGCCCCCUCCCCGUCCUCCUCUUCCCCCUCUGCUGCCGCGUUUGUGGCCUCACUUUGGAGGAGGCUGACUUAGAAGGGGACAAAGCUGAGGGGGAGGCGGAGUCUGAUGGAGCGCAGGUGUGCCGUCGCUGCUCUUUGGAUCUGCUCCCCAAAGAGGGGUCGCAGUCCCGGCAUAGCACUCGUCGGGCAUCCAGGCGCAGCACCAAGCUGUACCGCUGCCCUAACUGCCCUUUCCUGUCGCACUACCCCAACCACCUGGCCCGUCACUCCCUCACCCACUCCGAGGAGAAACCCCACCACUGCCCCUGCUGCUCCUACAGCUCCUCGCACCUCGACAAUCUAAAGCGCCACAUGCGGGUCCACACUGGCGAGAAACCGUACCAGUGCCCAUCGUGCAGCUACGCCUGCGGGAACCUUGCCAACUUGCGGCGCCACGAGCGCAUCCACUCGGGCGCCAAGCCCUUCCACUGCAGCAUCUGCGGCUACUCGUGCAACCAGAGCAUGAACCUGAAACGCCACAUGCUGAGGCACACAGGCGAGAAGCCGUAUGCCUGCGGCGAGUGCGGCUACACGACGGGCCACUGGGACAACUACAAGCGGCACCAGAGGAAACACGGACACAACACGGACAGCUGGGACAAGCACGCCCCCAUUAACGGGCUUAGCUGGGACAAGAGGGCGCCGGACAGCCAAAGUCAGGGACUGGAACACACAUAGAUGCUCCGCAGGCGUGUGUGUGUUGAACAAAAACUCAGGUGCCUUUGAUGGACUUUACUGCUGCACUGACUUUACAGAGGGGCCUUUGUUUUUGUCGAAAGUUUACAAAGGUUCUCACCUCUCAUCAUUGAUAAUUUCAGCUAAAAAAGUUUAUUUUCUCAACAGAUGAUCAAUAUAUUUUUGACUGGAAUUCAGUUUUUUUUUUUAACUUUUGGUUGAACAGAAGUGAGACCUCCCAUUUUUAGUUUUGAGGUUUCUGCAGCCUCCAGCUGACAAAGACGCUUAACUAAUAAUAAAUAUAAGCAUGCAGAAAAAGUCGUAAAGAGUCAUUUUUAAAAGGUUUUUUGUAUUCCCACUGCAAAUUUUUGGCGUGAAAAAAAUGGGAUUGAAAAAGUAAAAAAAUUGGUGACAGCCAAUAAACAGCUAAAUGUUUUUGAGCGGCUACCUCAUGCUGCACCAGCCUUAAUAAAGGUUAAAAAAAAAUCA